CUGUCUGCCUUUGGAUUUAGUCAAAAUGAAUGCAAACAAUCACGUGGGAUUCAGCCAAGCAAUGACGUUAAAUUCUGCUCUGUCAGAAGACAGCAUCUGUCAAAGUCCACAUUUAAACUGCUGCCUGCCUGUGCAGCAGCUGAAGAACUACGGAACGGAUUUUAUAGACCAGAAUCCUCAGUUAAAACAGCUCAAAAUCGUUUCUAUUACUGCCUAGCAACAAUGAAGGAAGGAACAGAGGGAAAUCCUACUGCUGAAGGCGACUGAAGCACUACGCACUAGCACUCCCUGCUAAUAUUACGAUUAGAAAUAUGGAUACUGAGCAGAAGAGAACACAGCACUGCAUUGUCCGAAAAGGGAAACACCAGAUGUAAAAUCUCCAGCACAUUGGCUGUGAACGCCGGAGAGCCCCGAUAGGAACAAAGACGAGAACUACUGUCCUUUUGUUUGAAGGAUGAACAAAAAGCUCCAAGACAAGGACAACACUUAUGAACAAGGAAGGUAACACAGCAACGGGCAGACAGAUGGACAGACUGGAUACUGUGAAAAGCAAUCGCAGGAAACAGACUGUUGGGGGAUGGGCGCAUGUUCGAUAGCAUCUUUUUUGCUGAAGUGAUGGCGUGCCAAAACUAUUUUCUGUGGGUAUAAUCCUCUCACCAUAAAUGGCCUGACCAAGGAAGCGUGAGCCAUUUGCAGACAAUUACUCACCAGGAACAAAAGAAGAUGAAUACCAAAGAAUAGCAGUGGAUUCAAACAGGAUCAGAAAAGCAUUUUGCUUGGCCAUUGUCUCAUAUCCCAUCACUGGAUUUUUACAACAUGCUUCAGUGGAGAAGACGACACUGCUGCUUUGCAAAGAUGACCUGGAAUACCAAAAGGUCUCUAUUUCGCACCCAUCUCAUUGGCCUGAUCUCUCUUGUAUUUCUUUUCGCUAUGUUUCUGUUCUUUAAUCAUCACGACUGGCUGCCAGGCAGGGCUGGAUUCAAAGAAAACCCCAUGGCUUACACUAUACGAGGAUUUAGAUCUACAAAAAUCGAGACAAACCACAGCUCUCUAAGGAACAUGUGGAAAGAUGCCAUACCUCAGACGCUCAGGCCUCAAACUGUCACCAACUCCAACAACACUGAUCUGUUGCUGCAAGGAGUAACUGGUUUGGAAAAUACCCUCAGUGCCAAUGGAAGUAUAUACAACAAGAAAGGUACUGGGCAUUCAACUUCCUACCAUUUCAAAUACAUCAUAAAUGAGCCUGAGAAGUGCCAGGAGAAGACCCCUUUUCUAAUAUUGCUCAUUGCUGCAGAGCCAGGCCAGGUGGAAGCUAGACAAGCUAUUCGACAAACCUGGGGUAACGAAAGCCUCACCCCUGGCAUCCAAAUUGUUCGUAUUUUUUUGCUGGGCUUAAGCAUCAAGGUAAAUGGAUACCUCCAGCGUACUAUACUAGAGGAAAGUAGACAGUACCACGAUAUCAUUCAACAAGAAUACUUAGACACCUACUAUAAUUUAACCAUUAAAACUCUGAUGGGAAUGAACUGGGUUGCAUCUUACUGUCCACAUGUUCCAUAUGUUAUGAAAACUGACAGCGAUAUGUUUGUCAAUACCGAGUAUUUAAUACAUAAGCUUCUGAAACCAGAACUUCCUCCAAGGCACAAGUAUUUUACAGGUUAUUUAAUGAGAGGUUAUGCACCUAAUAGGAACAAGGAUAGUAAGUGGUAUAUGCCACCUGAUUUGUAUCCAAGUGAACGUUAUCCUGUAUUCUGCUCUGGAACUGGUUAUGUUUUCUCUGGAGAUUUAGCAGAAAAAAUCUUUAAAGUCUCCUUAAGCAUCAGACGUUUACAUUUAGAGGAUGUAUAUGUGGGGAUCUGUCUUGCCAAGCUGCGAAUUGACCCUAUGCCUCCACCCAAUGAGUUUGUCUUCAAUCACUGGCGAGUUUCUUACUCCAGCUGUAAAUAUAGCCACCUAAUUACCUCCCAUCAGUUCCAACCUAGUGAACUGAUCAAAUACUGGAACCACUUACAACAAAAUAAGCACAAUGCCUGCGCCAAUGCAGCGAAAGAAAAAGCAGGCAGGUAUCGCCAUCGUAAACUGCACUAGAAGGACAACACUCCCUCUGUCAGGUGUACUCCAUGUGCAAUUUGUAAAUACUGCUGAAAGCAUGUACAGUGAAAAUGGAUGAGCUUAAUGGGACAGCCUUUAGUUGAUCCCCAUCACAUAGUGGAGUCUGAAAAUUAUUUUUUUAAGUUAAAAAAGUAUAGCUCUUGAUAACCUAAUACUAUGAAACUAUAACCAAAAGGUUUUCCCAGCAAAAUUGAGGAAAAAUGAAGAUGGUAUAUAAAGACCUUUGUGUUAAUGUGCAACAAUAAGCAUGCACACUUUGGUGGUACAACUGCUGAUUUACGUGCCAAUAAAAUAUGAUUGAGCAUAUUUUCCAUGCUAAAAUUUUAUUUAAAAAAAAUGCAUUCAUAGAUCUCAUUCUCUUUAAUGGAAUGAUUUCUUGUUAUCUAGAAUGGUUAUAAAAUGAAAAACUUAAAACUAAGGAAAUGUACAAAGGGCAGAUCAGUUUUACCUUCAAAUAACACAUUAAAAUUAUUAUACACUUUUUAAAUGUAUAAUUUAUUUAUCAAUGUGACAUUUACAAUUUUGUAAGACACUACCAAUGAACUCUAAAGCACUAAGAAAGUACUCCCUUAAAGUCAGUCCAGUUUUGGGAAGAUUGCUUGUUUUGGACAGGAAAGAGGAAUAAAUAAAAUCAGUGUUUAGAAAACUGCCACCUUUGUACCUCACCUUCAGAAAUGUUCGUGGUGUUCAGAUUCAACUCUAGAUUCAACCAAAUUCUCCUGAAAGAUCUGAUUAAAGUUAUUUAAUUCUCUAAAAGUCACAGGGUGAGCUCCUAAAACCUGGUGCCAAGUAAAACUCAUCUUGGCAUCUUCAUGCAAAUUUAUUGAAUCUGGUGUUCAUUUCUUUGCACAACUUCAAGGUAACGCAAAAGCUGAUGAGAAAUGCAAAACAGAACUUCAGGUCUUUCACUGCAGUCUCAAAAAUAUUCCAUUUUGUGGAAAAAGGUAGAAAACCAACCAAAUGUUUGUUGAUUUUGAUCUUUCCUGCCUGCCCUGCCCUCACCCCCAAAACAGGAAAGAUCAGUCAAGUGAAAAUACAUCUGACAGAGAAAAUUAAGGCACAUGCCUUACUUCACAGAUAGGGAAGACUAUGGCAUGGUAAGAUUGAGAGUUCCAGACAGCAGUACGGGCAAAACAAAAAUCUAGGCGAUUUUAAAACCUAAAGCAACAUGUACCACUGAAAAUAAAUUGUGAGAAGUAGGUUAAAUCUAUUUACAGGUUUCCAGUUUUCUAACAAACAGAACUUUUAAAAGUUAUUUUCCAAUGGAGUUACAACAGAGUUAUAUCAGAUUCAGGUUAUUACUGUUUGUCACAGUGCCAGGGUAAGCAAUACCCAUCUCUGAUUUAGCAACAGAUAAUAGAACUGUGAUUAGUUCUCUGUUUGACUGGGACUUUUUAAUUGGAUAAAAAACAAA